AUGGCGGGUAGCUGUUGUUGCUGUCAGGUGGACAUUCCUCGGGUAGCCCGCUUGGUGCGGCCCUGCUUGCCAGAUCUGGAGCUUGGGAGCCUGCCGCUGCCCGAAGCCCACGAUUUGGACUUCGAGCCGACCUGGCGAGAUCUGCCAUAUGCGGAGGAGCUACCAGAGCCCUGUCAUGACGACGAGUUCUUGGGAGGGGAAGAAGCCGGGUUGGAGCGGCUGGCCGACUAUCUGUGGAGGACCGACUUCCAGUACACGUUUCACGCAGACCGCUUGGAGCAUUUCGGUGAGUACUAUGCAUCCAGAUUGGGGCCCUGGAUGGCACAUGGCUGUCUCUCGCCCCGCAAGGUCUUUGAAGAGAUUUGCCGCUGCGAAGUCCACUCUCCGGGCCUGUCACACACGCAGCGCCUGGCGGUCGAGUUGACUUGGCGGGACUUCUUCCGAUACCUGUCCGGGAAGCAUGGUAACGGCAUCUUCCGUGAAGGUGGGGUGAAAGGCUACAAGCGACAGUGGAAGCAGGACGUUCGCAUGUUCAAUCUCUGGUCGGAAGGUCGAACUGGCUACCCACUCGUGGACGCCUGCAUGCGCGAGCUGGGAGUCACUGGCCUGGCAUCAAACCACGCGCGGCUGAAUGCAGCGUCCUUUCUUGCCUGCAGCAUGGGCUUCGACUGGAGGCGCGGUGCAGAUUGGUUUGAGAGCCAUCUUCUAGACUAUGAUGUAACCUCCAACUGGGCGAAUUGGGUCCGCUGCGCUGGCCUCACGGAGGGUCGCCUGAGCUCUUUCAACGUGGUCAGGCAGUCGCAAAAGCUAGACCCAGAGGGGGUGUACCUGAAGCGCUGGCUGCCAGAGUUGGAGCAGGUCGACGCCCCUUUGAUCCACGAACCGUGGCUGAUGACCAGCGAGGAGGCCUCGGUCUCGGGUGCCUCCGCUUACCCGCCUCCCUGCAUCGACCCGUCCUUCUUCGAGGGCCGCUUUGGGCCUCGCCAGGGGGCAGCGAGGAUUCCGCCGGAGCGAUACAAGGAGGACCUGGCAAAAGAGCCGGCUCGCGACGUGCAUGGCGAAGUAUAG